CUCAACAUGAUAUGCCUGGCAAUAAUUGGUCUAUCGCGGUGAUGUGCACUGCGCGGCUGUGACUCACGCAGGCUGGUAUGGGUAGGCCUAAAGAUAGGCCGUCUCAUCAAUGAGCGACGUAGUUCACUGCGCUUCAAGUUGCUCGUCGUACCUCGAUCGUCUCAUUUUGGCCCGUAAUGAAAUGUGGACGCAGAACAUGCUUUAAAGCUUCGGACCCGAUCUUGCGCUCAUAACUCGUCCUUUAUCAGUCUUCAAAAGUUGACACUGGUUGAAUGCACCGGGGCCCAUAUACGGGGCACCGACUUCACUUUCAAGAUCUACAAUGGACGCCGAAUUGUGUGCCGAAGACUGCACAAUGGCUCAGGACCCGUCCGGUUGGGACUCGCCUAGACCGAGUCCUGGAGUCUUGAAGUUCGGCGAUGAGCCUUUGAUUACCGAAGGGAAUGAUCCGAAACAGGUCAAAUUGUUGCUGGAACAAGGAUGCGUCAUAACUCCAUCAGCGAUCCUUGCCGCUUGUUACCAAUCUGAGUCCGACACUCUAAUUCUACUCCUGGACCAUGAUUCUCCUGGGCCGAAUGCCAGACCAGAAGCCAAGCUCAUGGGUGCCUCACUCGCAUGCAAGGACUUGCCGAGCUCUGACGUCGCUCUACUCCUGAGACGGAAAGACAGUCAGUACUAUCCUCUUCACUUUGCUUCAAUCGGCAUGCGCAGUGAAUUUAAGGAGGGUCAUCGCGCGACAAUGAACGUGCUACUUCGAUACAAGCCUGACCUCUUCGCCGAAUUUCUGCAGCCUCUCUGGUAUGACGCGGAUGAUCGUCCGGGGGCAUACAUGAGUGACGUGGGUGAGCUGGUAUGUGUUGAAUCGGAUUCAGAUGACGAAUGGUACGAGCUGUCCAGCGAUGGCGAGAUGCCCAAGAUUGAGACCAAAUACGCCGCUCGCUCCCUGUUCCACGUAAUGCUCGAAGAUGGAGCACUAGUGGAGCCUAUCCUGAAUUGCGACGGGCUUGAUUUUGACGUGAAUCGAAGAGAUCCGCAAGGGCGUACUCUUAUGCACUCCGUGUGCAGGAAUGCUCUUGGCGCCGACGUGCAUGCGGACGUUGAAUCCUACGAAAUACGGGAACCAAUCGAUGGAAGAUUCAUUGCAAAUGAAGGUACCGGACCGUCAUUGUUCGAAAUCUUCCAUCGACGAGGCGGCGACCUCCAAGCUCGCGAUUACAGAGGAAAGAAUGUAUUACAUCACCUGCUCGAAGCGCGUUCUCUUCGCUACGAAAGAGCGCAGCCGCCGUUCAUCUAUAACACCUUCAAAUACAUCUUACAACAUCUUCCAGAACUUGUCAACAGCCCGGACAAUCAUGGCACAUAUCCACUCCACGCUGCGCUGAACAGAGUGCGCGAGAUCACUUUCCCGACCGUGUGGCAGAAGUUCUCUCCUAUUGAACAGGUUGUAAAAGACCUACUGGAUGCUGGUGCCCGGCCGCUAGAGAUUGACAGUCGCGGCAACACCGCCCUUCACUACCUGGCUGACAGCGGCCUCGGCGAGAGGACUGAUCGCGAGCCGCGCCGAGCGCUUUUCCGGUUCUUCUGUGAAGCAGGUGUCGACGUUAACGCACGCAACCACAAGGGUCGGACAGCGAUAGAACUCUUCCUCGACAACCACAAGGUAAAUGAGGCCACUUUGGACGUGUUGAUGUACCUCAAAGAUGACAACGGCGGGCCAAGGGUUCAGAUCGAAGACGAUCUUCUUGAACUGUUCGAAGCAAGUGGAGCAAGAUGGACAGACGUUGAUCCGAAGGGACAGACUCUCCUACAUUGGGUCGCGAGGCACAAUCCGUGGUAUGUGCGGUCGAGAGCAUACUACCUGCUCAAGAGAGGUGUCGAUCCGAGAGCGAAGGAUAAGAAGGGGAGGACAGCUCAGGACGUGGCGGAGGCUGCAGGCAAUAAUACUGUGGCUGCGGUGCUGAGAGGAUGGCUGGUGCGUACUGCUAAGAGCCAAAUGGCAGACCAAGCGUGAAUGGGGGAUUUGUUCGCGUCAUUGGUAGCUAGACGAUUUCCUGAUUGCAAACGCCUUUUGUUUG